AUGCGAGCGGCUUUGCAUGGCACGGGCACGGGCACGGGCAUGGCAGCGCGCUUGAGGCUCCGCUCCGCCGCCCCGCGGGGUUACACCCCGGCUCUGCCCGGGCCGGGGCUUUGCAUCCAGCAGCGGCCGGUGAAGCAGUCCCUCAGUAAGUCCCUCUGCAGAGAAUCCCACUGGAAAUGUCUGCUCCUCUCCCUUCUCAUGUACGGCUGCAUGGGAGCUAUGACCUGGUGCCAUGUGACCAAGGUCACCCGGUUGACCUUUGACAGUGCCUACAAGGGCAAGUCCAUGAUGUAUCAUGAUAGCCCCUGCUCCAAUGGCUAUGUUUACAUCCCCCUGGCCUUCCUGGUGAUGCUCUACGUGGUCUACCUGGUGGAGUGCUGGCACUGCUACACCCGCAAUGAGCUGCAGUACAAGGUGGACGUGGAGAGCGUGCAUGAGCGGGUGCAGAGAAUGCAGCAGGCCACCCCGUGUAUCUGGUGGAAAGCCAUCAGCUACCACUAUGUCCGAAGGACCCGGCAGGUCACCCGCUACCGCAAUGGGGACGCCUACACCACGACCCAGGUGUAUCACGAGAGAGUCAACACUCAUGUGGCGGAGGCCGAGUUUGACUACUCCAACUGUGGGGUGAAGGACAUCUCCAAGGACCUGAUGGACCUGGAGAGCUACCCAGCCACUCGGCUCCGCUUCACCAAAUGCUUCAGCUUUGCCAACGUGGAGUCCGAGAACUCCUACCUGACCCAGCGCGCCCGUUUCUUCACCGAGAAUGAGGGGCUGGACGACUACAUGGAGGCCAGGGAGGGGAUGCACCUCAAGAAUGUGGAUUUCAAGGAAUACAUGGUGGCCUUUUCAGACCCAGAUAACCUUCCCUGGUACGUGUCCCACUACGUCUUCUGGGUGGCUGCCCUGGUGACCCUGUCCUGGCCCCUGCGGGUGCUGAAUGAGUACCGCACCUCCUACGUCCAUUACCACGUGGAGAAGCUCUUUGGGUUUGACUUUGUGGCUGUAACACCAGCUGAGGAGCGCUCCUUCUGCAGGAGGAUGCCCCGUGUCAACACGGUGGACAGCACUGAGCUGGAGUGGCACAUCCGGUCCAACCAGCAGCUAGUGCCCAGCUACUCAGAGGCUGUCCUGAUGGACUUGGUGGGGCUCUCCAGCUGCACCAGCUACUCCGCUUGCAGGUACGGGGGCUACCGGCAGAACUGCGAGCGGUGCCACAGGACUAUAAGCAGCUCGUCCAUCUUCUCCCGCAGCGCCCUGAGCAUCUGCAAUGGCAGCCCCAGGAUCCCCUUCAGCAGCAGCCGCUUCUCGCUGGGCCGCCUCUACGGCUCCCGGCGCAGCUGCCUCUGGCAGAGUCGGAGUGGGAGCCUGAACGAGCAGAGCUGCCCAACUGAGCAAACCCGGCUCUCCAGCCAGGUCACAGUGGAGGAGGAGGACCCUCCUGCUUACCAGGAUGCUCUCUACUUCCCUGUCCUUAUUGUGCACCGUAACGAGGGCUGCCUCAACCACGACCACCGUCACCUCCAUCGGAACGGGUCCUGCAUGGAGACCUCACUGUGAGUGAAUGGCGGCGAGGAUCUCCCUCUUGAUCACUGUGUCUCCAGACACAGGGACUUGGGAAGGGAGGGGAUAGCCAGGAAAAUGAGGCACCAGUGCCCUGCUCAGCAUGUGGGAUAGAGAGGUCACUGCCUCUUGGUCUCCAAGGAUAGGCUCAACAGCUGCUGCAUUUGCGCCAUGGCCCCUUUGAUGUCACAGAGGAGAGGGUGGCAGCAGGAUGGGCCAGCAGCAGCGCCACCUGUGGCAUGGCACAAAAUGACAGACCGACGGCCACAUGCAGAAAAUGGUAGAAAAGAAAGGACUGAAGGAGGGAGCUGCAUGCUGUAGUUCCACGCUCUGCCUUGAAAGGCCCAUGCUGGCUGGAAUAGUGCUAAAUGACAACUACCGCCCACCACCCUGCUGCACCCGUGACCUCUGCCCCUCUCCCCCAGCGCUGCAGACUUACUCUCCCGCAGAGGGGUCCUGCACGGGGCCAAGAGGAGCAAGGCUUGGCAGCACAUUCUCUUUGAAGCAGCGAUUAACUCCUCAUGCGCCAAAGAUCCUGGGGCACCCGGGCCCAUAGAGCUGAAGGGCAGUUUAGAGGAAGUGCUCAAGACCACAAGGCCAACUCUUUCGCCCUUUUGUUGAGACUGCGCUCUGACUGUUACACUGUCCUCAUCUGCUGGGAGGGGCAUUGCCACCAGAUGGCUCUUUAGAAAGCCUCAGCACUCCAGGGCCAAGAAUCAGCAUCCCCUAGGUAAAGCUUAAAGCAUUCCAAUGACUUUUUUCCAUUUGGAGUUGCAAAGAGCAGGAAGCAACAGGGAAUCUACUGAGGAAAGGCCAGACCUGGCGUUAGAGCACAGUUACAGCAUGAAGCCAGUAGGUCUGGCAGGAGAAGGCCCAGCCUGCAAAGCAAACCAUGGAGACCUGCGUGUGCUGGGAGUUUUCGGGAAGCCAAAGACACCCGAUGGGGAAGGGGUGAGUUGGGCAGCUGGGGACCCCCAGGGCUUGAAGUAAGCGAGGUCUAGUCAUAAUUAAUUCAGCCAAGCAAGGAAUCUGGCAUCCAGGGAGGUUCUGUUAGGUUCAACUGCAGUUUACCUAUGAAUAAUAGAAGAGCAAGUUGGUGGGUCUUGGGAAGAGUAAAUAUUACAUGAAGUCAGGCUGGCUCCAGACUCCAGUCACUAAUACGAAGGGAAGCUGGGUUUGGCAUAGAGCUCUGAGGGCAAGGAGAGGCUGGAGAUGGAAGAAGGGUGGUGAUGUAGAAAGGCCCAGAGUUUCUGCUGUCCAUGCUGGUGAAGAGAAGGGCUGCUAACAAUCUGAAACAAUGCAACCCCUUUGGCCCAUGUGGUUACAAAGAGGGCUCCUCUCAGCAUGAUCCUCAGCUCCUGGGCCCCACGCUCCACUCUGAAGGGUUUCCACUGGCUCCUCAGGGGACUACCAUAUACAGUCUGCCCAACAACCUCUUUAGGGUGCCUCUCUCAUAGCACAGACCAAUGGGCAUAAUCCUCUGGCUGGCUGAAAAGUGAACAGAAACAAUCCUAUUGAAAAUACUCUGCAAAGGCCGUGCUCCCAGGUUCCGUACAGAGUCUGUGAGCAUGUUUACUGGAGGUAAAAGAACCCACCAAGCCCUGAGGGCAGGAGCCAGUUCCCUGGGAGGAGCUAAACACCAGCAGUGGUGGCAUGAAUGCAGCUCCCUGCCUUGCUCUGGGCAGAAACAGGACCUUCAACUCAGGUGUCUGCAGCAGGUAAAACCACAUUUCACCUUUCAGGUCCCAGUCCUGCAAUGGGAUCCAUCUGAAUGGCCCCCUGCAUCAACAUAGAGCCCCAUUGGUCAGUGAAGGUCCACCUAUGCAAUCCAAUAGCAGUAUCAGGGCCUAAAUGGGCCAUUUUCUUUAAACUUCUCCCUGAAACUAGUGCAUGUGGGUGAGAACUCCUGCUGGAUUGGGCUUGUGGAUGUGGGCAUUCAGGAGCUAAUCCUACGUACUCAGGCUCCUGCAAAUGAUCCUUAUAGACAUGAGCAGUCACUUGAAGUCAGUGGUUCUACUCACCACGGGUCAGGGUGGCAGGAUCAUGUCCUCAGAGAGCAGCAGCGACCACACAAGGCAUUUCUUUUACGCUAAAAUACAGAGGGUGGUUAGAAAUGAGGGGAUCAUUUUGAAAUGUGCUCAAGAAAACCCCUGAUGGCCCAUUACCUGGCUGCAGUGAGUUGCCUUUGUCCCACGGUCAUGUCACACUGGGGUCUGAACGUAACCAUUUUUGUAACCCUGGAAUGGACUCACCAGGGUUGCCCGCCUUUCACCACUUCAUAUGCACAUACCUAGAGGAAUCAGCGUCUCAGCACGCUCCCUGUCCUGCAAACCCUUACUCAUGUGAGGAGUCCUUACUGGAAACAAUGAGGCUACUUGCAUGAGGAAGGAUUUGCAGGAUUGGGCCCAUAAAUACUUGGUGGGAGGAGGGAAAAAGGAAGUUAUCAAGGCUGAACUGUAUUUUUUGUAGAGAUCUUUCAAAGUCUGUGCUAGGGUGUGCGAAAGGGGUACUGAGAUAAUGCCUCUUAGGCCCACAAGCUCUGGACUGGCUCUGUUUGUGUUGCCUUCUCCAUUAGCACAUCACCGCACCUCUUGAACUCAUUAUAGACUCACCAGUUUUCCUAAGGCCCCUUUUCCAUUCAGCCAGCUGGUCUGUGCCUGUUGAAUGGCCAAGUUCUGGCCUUGGCCAGUGAUCACCCCAGUCCCCGCUGUCUGUCAGCAUUUCCAUCACCCGCCCUGGCAGAGAACUGCAUGGAGCAAUUCCCACCACUAGCCAGCAGCAAGCUUUGAACCCAGGCAGCAGCAUAGUUCUCCACUGCUUGAGCUAAAGGACCAACUCCAGUAGCUGGCAGCAGCAGCAGGCAGGAGAUGUCUAUCCCCCUGCAGAUCUGCUGCAGAAAGGGGACAAGUAACACACUGAAUCAAGUGUUACAUUGCAUUGGGUUCAGCCAGACCUCCCCUGGUCCAUUUCUGCAUGUAAUGUGCUGUACUGUUUCACUGACUAGAUCUCAGUGCCUGACCACUUCCUGCAUCCCCCACCCCUGUUCUCAGUAAUGCUGUUGUGUUGGUCACUUUCCAGAAUCUGACCUGCCUUUAGGGAAUUUCUCUAAUAAGAAUUAAUACUUCACUAACUUCUCCCCUCAUUGCCAAGAUAAAGAUCUUUCCUCAUGUUACUAACAGGCCCUGAGACUGUUGGAUCUGAAAGAAUUUUAAACAUCUCAUUAACUUUCCCCCAUCCCUGAUGAAGUUUAUUCUCUGUUCUGCUAUUAUGCAAUGAAAUUAGGCUGGUCAGUUUCACACUGAGUUUUCUAGUCAGUUUCACUUGUUCUCAGGUACUAAAACAAAAACUGUUUGAACUGAAACUUUUUUAAAGCCUCAUAGUUCCAUUCAGAGUUUGUCUUGUCAAACUCCCCUCCUCCCACUACAGAACCUCCCGGUGGGCCAGCCUAUACUCCAUGCUGCUCCCAAGGCCCGCCGGGGAUAUCAGCUGGCAGUUCCUUCAUGGAGCCGGGAGCACGGGCGUGUAUUUGGUGCGGUUCACCCCUGUCCCGGACACCUGCCCCUUCUGCGGCCUGAGGGAGACCCUGGUGCACAUUUACUUGGAAUGUGCCAGGUUGCAGCCCCUAUACCGGCUCCUCACCAAUAUACUGUUGUGUUUCUGGCUGCACUUUUCCCCUCACCUCCUUCUCUAUGCACUCCCUAUCCGUGGCCCCACAAAGUCAUGGGACCUCCUGGUCAACCUCCUCCAUGCCCUGGCUAAAAUUGCCUUCUACACAACCAGGGAGAGGAGAUUGGCCGAUGGGGACUCCUAUGACUGUGGGGCUUGUUUCCGAUCCUCUGUCCAUUCACGUAUCCGGGCAGAGUUCCUCUGGAUGGCGUCCACUGGAUUCCUUGACGCCUUCGAGGAGCAGUGGGCACUGUCCGGGGUUCUCUGCUCGGUGUCCCCGUGAGGCUCCCUUCUUAUGACCCUCUGACCGCACUCCUGUCCCUGUUCUUUUAUUAGUUAUCCCCCAAAAUAAGUUGGGUUUUGAGGUCCUGUAGAUCCUCCCCUUAGGCUGAGGGGAGGAUCCUUAAGCAGUGGGCGGGCUUCCGCCCACCCACUUCCCGGAACCCAAUAGGUCCCACUACAAAACCUACAUUUUGGGCUUAAAUGGCAGUGGCCCUUUAAGAACUGGUAGGUUUAAAUAACCAGGCCCUAGGUUAUCCCCCUGCUCUUCUGUUUCCAUUGUUGUCUGCACACUCUGCAAUGCUUCUGCCAAACCCACACCUGGCGGAAGUGGCUACAGCUCCACUGGCUCCUCUUACACCAAUUGAAUUUGGCUGCUAGUGCCUCAUUCUCCUCCUACUCAGGGCCCAGUGCAGCUCCAGUUAAUGUCAAUGGAAUAGCUCCUAGUGACGUGAGUGGGAGAUGAUGGAAUGUGCCCUUGAGCCUUGGUAAUGAGGAGUAUCCCCACUGAAGUCAAUGGAGUUAAAAUGGGCUGUGACUGGGGUAUGUGAGAGGAGACUCAGGCCCUCUUGGCCUUCCCCAGCUGUUCCAUUUUAAAGCUGCUCAUGGCUUAGAUUAGGCUACACUUGCCAUCCUUCUGUGCCCAGGUGCCUUAGAUCCAUGGAUUUAUUAUAGGGAUUGGCAAGUCUUUUGGUUCCCCUGGGGAGGGGGGAGCCCACAGAACAGGGGCAGGUUAGAAGGGUUUGCUUGCCCACAUCCUUUAUUCACCAGCAGCAAAACUCUACUGCCUAACACACUGCCCAUUAGCUUUGUCCUGUCCUGUUCACACCAAGAUUCCUUUCCCCUGGGUUCAGGUUCAUCUUGGUCCUUAGAUAGCUCCAUUUUCACCCAUACCACCCUCAAAGUCUCAUUGUGGAGACUGUCCUACCAGCCAGCAAGGCUAGGCUUCCUCUGGACGCUGCUGCUGACUUGGUCAGAAGGGCUCCGCAGAGUGAUGGGAACCACCCACUCCCCCAGCCCCUGGGACUGAACAAACUCCCCCACUCCCAACCGAAGUUCAUGUUUCAAACACAGCUUCUCCAUGUGGCACCAUUAGGCUCAAUGAUGCUGCUGGGAGAAGUUUUGCCUGGAAUUCUUCACCACCAAAGCCUGGGCCAGGGUUGUCCAAGAUUGCUUGAAGCCCCUCCAAGCUCUCCGCCUGCCUACCCCUCUGUGGAUUGAGGUGUUGCUUCUACAAUGUCCUGAACCCCUGCCAGUCCCAGGGAGAGAAAAAGUGGGUUCAGUAAUCCAACCCAGGCCUCCCACGGAGCAGCACUUGUACUGGAACCACUAAAGCCACCGCUGAUUUGGGGGCACCUUUAAGAGCAACUUGACAUCGCAUAGACCAGCCCCCAUUUCUCCUUCAGCAACAGGAGCAAAGCUGCCCCCUGGAGUCUAAUCUCCCUCCAUUAACUCCUCACCCAAUUCUGAUCCCCACUUUGAGAGGAAGGCAAUUAACAGCCCUAGCUACCCUUUUCCUGAGCCACCCUUUACCUAACGGUGUUAGCAGUGCCCAGUGGGGCCUGGUGCUAGGAUACAUGGGGAAAGCUUGUGCCAUAGAAGGGAGGUUAAGCACGAGGCAUCUCAAUCUGAUGAGGAAAGGGCAGACUCGGCCUGUGUGUGCGUGUUGGUGCGUGACCGCACACAACAAAGCCUCUGCCCAGCUCGGGUCUGCUGCCUCCUCCCUGCUCUCCUGACGCUAGCCCAUUAAUAAAUCCAGCUGUCCACUUGAGUUAAGAUUCUCCUCCCCUGUCAGAUAAGAGAUUCUCACCAUGUAGUGGAGGAGUCCCCUGGGCUGAGGGGAGGGAAUGCUGAGAUCAGAGGCACCAGUGGCCAAUUAAUCCCUUUGAAAUCCAGCAGCUUCUCCAACACACUGCCUUUUUUCUAAGCUCUGUCGUAAGGCGGAUGGCAGCAUGCAGAGCCAGCGCUCUGGGGUAUCUGCCCAUCAUCCCUGCAUCCUUCCUGUGUUCCUUUGUGCUUGCUGAGAUUCUGCUGAGCGGAUGAUGACAGGAGCAAUGCAGCUGCCAGCCUAUGCACUGGUACACACUAGAAAGUACCUUGACGGGAACAGUCACCCAGCCUGGGUCCCUAGGGGGCUGGAUAUGAGCAGCCCCAUCUGUAUGGGACUGUGUCUCACCUGACUUUCCUGGACCCCAACGAGAAGGCUAUUGGGGGGAGGGGCUCCAUCCUCCUUUCCGGUUCCCUCCUCCCCCAGUCCUGAGCUACAGUGGAGUCAGGCAGGUGCCUUGCCUGAGAGGAUGAGCAGGGGCUAGGACAAUCCCUUCCAGCCCAAGCAUUUCCCUCCCUGGGGCAGGACAAGCCACGGUUAUGAAGGGAGACCUGGCUGCCAACUGUAACAGCAUAGUGGAUGUGCUGCAUCUGGGCAUGGGGCACAGCCAAGGGGGCUGGGGGGAGCAGGGAUGAAGGCAGGAGAUGGCCUGGGCUGAGGAUGAGAAACCUAGAGAGGCUGGGCUUGAACCAGGGACUCACAGAUGUUGUCUCCCCCCCACCCCCCUUUGACAGACCAUUUAGUCCAACCAUUCACCUGGGGCCUCAGCUCAGAGUCCAGUGCACCCCCCUUGCCCCAAUAUUCCUAUCCCAGGGACUGGGGGGAGAGAAUAGCAGCAUCCAGAACUGGUGCACAUGUUUAUGAAGGAGUGAGGGGGCUAGUACAUGGGUGUAUCCUGUUAAAUGGGAGGAGCGAGGAACCUACCAUGUGUCCAGUCAGGCCCACAUGAACAGGGAGAUGUUUUAAUUCUCCAAGGACACAAGUUAUUUACACUGUUGGCACAAAGCACCAAUCCUCCAGUCUGUGUGACCGUAACACCACUCGCAUUUCACCCCCUCUGGGUUGGAAUGGGACCCAGGGACCCCCAUGUGGCUAUAGACUUAGCAGCAUUGUCUGAACUGGCCAGGUAUCCAUUCUCCCUGCAGUCUAGUGUCUGAGCUCAGCUAUGUCUGUGCUGGGGAUGGUGAUUCCUUUGGCAGCUCAUUCGAUUGCCCAUCUGCUCAUCUCAUGAUAGCAUGUUGCCUGGUAUCUAACUUGAAUUGUUCCUGCUGUAUCUUAAUCCUGUUACUUCUUCUCCAUUGACUAAUGAGAGUAAUUGGCCCUGCUUCUCUCUGGAACAGCCCUCUCUGUAGGAGCAGACAUGUACCCUCCCUCUUCUGCCGUCUCUUCGUCAGAGCCCACGUGCUCACUUUCUUCCAGGAUCUUAUUGCACAGACCAUGUGCUUGCUGGACUGUGCAACCUUUUCUGUCCAAAGAUUCCUUCCUUGUGUCCUGCUGUUCAGCCCUGAAGAAAGCCAGCCCGGGAGAGGGGAAAGGAGCAAAGCAAGGAGGGGGCCACUAUUCCUGCAAGCUGAGGCUCAUCUCAGGGCUGAUUUCCCCUCUCCCGACAGCUCAGCAGAUCUCUGCAGAGUGAUUUUGCUCUCCGUGUUGUAGGUGCUCGGCACUGUUUUCCCUAUACCUGUGGAGAGCAAAGCCCCUACAGCCCAGAUCUGACCAUAUCCCUUAGUGAAGGUAGAAGCAUGCUGGAGCUAGGCUGCAAAGUGAGGAGGAGGGGAAGGGUAAACUUUUUUCAUCCCUGUCCCACCCAUUGUGAUCUCCCAUAUACUGGGGUUUGUUCUCAGCACAAUGCUUGCCAGAGCAGGCUUUUACCCACGGAGCACGCUGCUUGCAACGGGACAGCAGGCAGGCCCCCUUCUCCCAGCACGUGGAGCAGCUAAUACAGCCUUCAAAGAGAGUAAGGUUAAUAAUACUCUUGAGCUACUUUGCAUUUCCUGUUGCUGCCAACAUACUUGUCAUACAAGCACCUGUUAAGGUUUGGCUUUGCUAAUUAUAAAGGGGGGUGGGGUGUGGUUCAGCCAACCCUAAUCUGAAUAGACACAUUGCCGUCAUUUUAGCCAUUAUCAUUUUUGCUUUUGAACCUUCCCUAGCAGCGCUGGGUUCCCAACCAUUUUGCUAGUGCAGUGCAAGGAAGCGAAACUGACCAGCCUCGUGUCAUUGCCUGCAAUGCAACAUGUCAAACAAACAGUACUGAUGAGGACAACAGGUGAAUUUUCAUAAUGUUCUUUCAGAUUUAACAUUGGCAGGCACUGUUGAUAAGGCAGGGAGAGGAAACCCCUCUAUAUAGCCAACCCCAAGCAUUCCAAUAUGAAUCAGGCCCCCCAGAUGCAUAACCUGGCUUAAAAAGGAUAGCGUUUUUAAAAAUAAAUAACUUUGGGGUUCUUUUUAUCUGCUUUUAGGUCUUUGAGCCUUUACAAGUCACAUUUUGAAGCUUUUCUCCCCAACCACAAGGACUUAGAACUUUCUUUUUUCUUUAAAUGAAAGCAGAGACCCUCACCGUAUAAUGUGAUCCCCAAGAGCUGGAGCUUGACUAAGAACACUAACAAUCACAGGAGUUGACAACGCUGCUUUUCAGAUCUGAUUCUUGACAAUCCAGGGCAGUGCUGACAGCCAGCAAAUUUUCACUAUGGAAAAUGUAGAAGCUACUGUUUGCUUGACUUUUUUUAAAAAAAUCUCUUUUAAAAAUACUCACAAUCCAGAGAAAUAGCCCUUUGCUGCCCUUUGUUUCCCAAAUAAUUAGUUAACUUUUCUCAUCUUUUCCCUGUGUUCCGAUUAGGCUGAAGUAGCAAUUGAGGGCACAGGUGAUUUUCUCUACUCACUGCUUGGGAAGCAGGCAGGGGGAAGGGCAUUGCAUAUGCUCAGUGGUGACACUCCUUAAGAAGAGCGAGAUGGCUGACACUGCGCGUGUGAGUGGCCUUCAUAUGCAGGCCCCCAUUCUGCAACUGGCUCUACUGGAGUGGUCCUCUGUACCUACGCAGAGUCCACUAAGGGCCUGCCUGUGGGGAUUCAACUGUAGGAUUGGGCCUUAAUCUUUAAGAAGACAAAAAGGGUGAUAAGCCAAGUCGCACCUGGUUUCAGGGGCAAUAACAGUAUAAUAUUGCCCCUAUGGUUUAAGUAUUACUCCAGUGGUGAAAGCACAUCUUUAGCCUUUUGUUCCAGCCAUUCUGAUUACAACCCUGGUAAUUUCUGUUUAAUUAUCACACAAGUGAUGCUUUACAGCUGUCAAGUUUAAAACCAGGUAGUAGAGCUGAUACUGUCCUGCAGCAUACAGUGAGAAGUGCAGUAUGUGUGGUGGAGAUCUGAACUAUUACUGCACCAGCCAGAAUGCAUAUUACCCAACCAUGGGCUGCCAUAGAGCUCCACACACAGAAUGAAUGCUUUUUUAAAAAUUAAAUUAGUCUGUGUUGAAGAAAAUAAAAUAUAUGGCUAUUUGGCUCCACGCUAUCCAAUAAAUGGCCUGCGAUUUAAACAUCAGGCCAGUGGUAUAUUCCAACUGAAAUGCGCAUUUUGGCACAGAGUUCGCAUAGCCUGGCUGUGUGAUAUGUUGGGUCAUAUACAAUUUGGAACAUAGGGUUGGUUUUUUUUCCUCCCCCUUGUGGGCACUGUUAGCUUGCAUGGAUAUAAUGGACAUUUUGGAAAGAAGGGAAAGGGGUCUAGCCAAGGUGCAGGUAGAAAUUAAUGGGCUGUGUUGAAGCCAGUGGAGCUACACAAGAGUGAGUAUGAACCAUCUUUUGAAUCCAUCCUUGAAUCCAGACUAAUCAAUCCCUUGCAAUAGUUAUUUUAUGCCUGGAAUUAACAUUGGGAUUUUGAUGAAUAAAUCACCUCCAGAAUCUCCCUGAUCUUCUGCAAUGGGCUUGUGAGAUCCAGGUACCCCUGUGGCCAGCCUGUUGUCAGGAGGUUCUGCCUCCUCCCUCCGUCACAGAACCUAGAGUUACACUUUGAAGGGGAAUGUUAUGCCCAAGGAUUUGAUCUCGUCAGCUGCAUCGAAACAAACAAAUUGAUCAC